GUUUCUGACACGUCUCGUCCGGUUGUUGCACGUCAAGUGCAUCUAAAGUGCAUCGUCCGUGACGAUGAAAUUUGACUACACGUUGGGGUUUGUGAGACUCCUUUUCCCAGUUAUAUCUGCCUCUUUUGCCACAGGUGAACUCAAUGGGGAAGAUUCAUCUCUGUUUUGGGGAACAUUCCGGCCCAAUCUGUACUUUGGCCUUCGACCCCGCGUGCCAAAUUCGCUCAUGACGGGUUUAAUGUGGCAUAGCCUGGCAGAUUAUAGAGCAAUAUCAGAAACGCGCCAUGCUUGCGAACAAGGCGAUAGAUUUGAGGGAUAUACUUGGACUGAGCACGAUCCUCGCCUAGGAGGAAUCCAGGUCUUAAACGACACUAGAAUGAAUGUGCAGCUUACGACGGAGUGGUUGAAGGUAUCUGGCGGCGAAACUGGCGGUAGCUGGGCCGCCCGCAUAUCAGGGAAGCCUAUUCGUGAAGAUGAGCCUUCAUCAACGGCUAUUUAUUUCUAUGUUGGAUCGGAUGGUCUUGGCUCUCUUGAGUUAGAGAACGAAGAGGACGGAAAUGGUAUUGAAGGUGUGAUCCGGUUUACCGGAAGUACUUCACACCUGGGCGACUUCAGACUCCGCAUUGAGGAUGGUCCCGAUGUCACAUAUGUCACAGAAGGCUUGCACGCGGAGCGUUUCUCGAGGAAGCUCGGAAAGACGUCUUUUAUCGGGUUGCCUCUCCAGCAAGGCCAAGUUUGGAAAGCAAAAGAGCUUCUCUUGAGGAAUAUCUUUCAGGAAGCUCAGCCUAUCUUGUCGGAGUAUAAGGAUAAGGACAGGGAACCUCCAUCACCAGCCAAAGCUUUUUGCUAUCCAGAAUCUUUCGUUGGGGAAUUCUCAUUCGACAUCUAUUACGAUGCGGAAGAUGUGAAGACAAAGCUGGAUGCGAAUGGAUUAACCGCGGGUAUCAAAGGGUUUAAAAAUGCGUUUCAUGAACGUUUCCUGCAGAAGUUCCCAUUACCAUCGACGACACCAAAGGAUUUGAUCGAUUUCUCCAAGGCCAUCACCGCUAAUCUUCUUGGGGGCAUCGGAUACUUUUAUGGAACAUCAAUUGUGGAUUCGUCAUUCACACAUGACUGGGACGAUGAUGAAAUGUUCAAUACUGGAGAGAAGAAGUCCAGCCAUCCCGCCCUCGUCGAACCCCGUGAAUUGUUCACCGCGACUCCAAGCAGGAGCUUCUUCCCUCGGGGAUUUUACUGGGACGAAGGUUUCCAUCUUCAAUUAAUUGGCGAAUGGGACAAUGACCUCAGUCUGGACAUUCUUAAGAGCUGGGUGGAUUUGAUUGACGAUGAUGGAUGGGUUGGUCGUGAACAAAUUCUUGGAGAGGAGGCUCGAAGCAAGGUGCCCCCGGAGUUCCAGACACAGUACCCAACUUACGCGAACCCCCCUACGUUGACGAUGGCAGUUACUGCGUACAUUGACCGUCUCCGAGCACUCCCCGAUGAAAUCGAUGUGAACCUUGGAAUGGACCCAACUGGACAACAAGUGCUGAAAGUUCCGGUUCUCGAGCCAGGGUUAUCUGCGUUCCAUUUAUCCGCUUUACGCCGACAUUAUCACUGGUUCCGCCGAACUCAGCGCGGCCAAAUCCGGCAGUGGGGAAGGAAGGCCCGGUCGCGCACUGAAGCCUACAGGUGGCGUGGCAGGUCAGAGACUCACGUACUGACGAGUGGGUUGGAUGACUAUCCACGAGCGUCUCUGCCACACGUCGGCGAACUACACCUUGAUUUGAUAAGCUGGAUGGGAUUCUUUACUAGGACAAUGCGCGACAUAGCGAAUCUGCAUUGGAGCGAGGAUAACAAUAUGUAUUGCGACGUGGGCAUCGACGAGGACGAUGAGUCGCAUUUUGUCUGCCACAAAGGGUAUAUAUCGCUGUUCCCCUUCCUUCUUGGCCUCUUGGAUCCCAAUUCGCCACAUUUGGGCUCAAUAUUGAGCCUCAUCCGGGAUCCAGAUGAGCUAUGGUCUCCUUACGGCAUUCGAAGCUUAUCGAAGUCGCACCCGCUGUUCGGUCAAGGCGAAAACUACUGGCGAGGACCCAUUUGGGUUCAAAUGAACUACCUUGCGUUGAGCACGCUAUAUAAGACUUAUAUACCAUCACCAGGACCAUAUCAAAGGCAAGCCCGUGAUAUUUAUGACGAGCUGCGGACGAACAUUAUUAGCAAUGUGUUCAAGGAAUACCAACGCACCGGAUAUGUAUGGGAGCAAUACGAUGCCCUGACGGGUGAGGGCAAACGUAGCCAUCCUUUCACGGGCUGGUCUUCGCUAGUGACAUUAAUUAUGUCGGAAAAAUACUAAGUCGGUUACUAUCAGCGGGGCACGGGCAUCGCAGGAUGCCAAAUGACCGAAUGUGGCUGCAAGGGCGCUCCAUGUUUGCCAUCACUAGUCGUCGCCCGAGUCAAUUCAUUUAUGCG